CGCAUGCGCAGGCGCCGCCGCCCCGGCAGCGCGGGGCGGGCGUCCCCUGCCGCAAGGGCUGCCGGUCUGUCGGGGGCGCGGGGGCGGCCGGCCGGCCCAGGGCCCGGACAUAAGAUGGCGGCGGCGUUGCUGGGGAGGCGGCGGUGGCGGUUACGGCCGUGUGGGCUGUCGCGGCGCGCGGGCGGUGCGCGGCUCUGCCCGGGCUCGCAGGGCGGAUAGAGCGGGGCCGGCGCGGCGGAGCGGGGCCGCCAUGGGCUCCCAGGUGCUGCAGAUCCUGCGCCAGGGCGUGUGGGCGGCGCUGAGCGGCGGCUGGUACCAGGACCCGCACCAGGGCGCGGGGGUCAACGCGCUGCACCUCUACCUGUGGCUCUUCCUGCUCGGCUUCCCCUUCACCCUCUACAUGGCCCUUCCUUCUUCCAUGAUGAUAGUAGCUGUCUACUGCCCAGUGAUAGCAGCUCUCUUUAUCGUUUUGAAGAUGGUGAAUUACCGUUUGCACAGGGCACUGGAUGAGGGAGAAAUUGUGGAGAGGAAUGCCAAUGAGCAUAUGGACAGAGGUGCAAAAACAGAACAAAGCAGUGUUUCAGCCAAGAGAAAAGACAGUAAUGGUCCCAGUGAUCCUGGUGGAGGGAUUGAGAUGUCAGAGUUCAUUCGAGAAGCAACACCCCCUGUUGGCUGUAGUUCACGCAAUUCUUACGCUGGGGUAGAUCCAAACAACCAGGUUGGGUCUGGGCUAUCUCGUCUGGGAACAGCAGCAACAAUCAAAGGAGAUACUGACACUGCAAAGACCUCUGAUGAUAUCAGUUUAAGUCUUGGCCAGAGUUCUAGCCUAUGUAAAGAAGGGAGUGAAGAACAAGAUUUGGCAACUGAUCGGAAGCUUUUUCGUCUCGUGUCCAAUGACUCAUUUGUCUCCGUUCAACCCUCGUUAUCCUCUGGACAGGAUUUGCCAAGAGACAACAGUGACAAAGUGUGCCUCUCGAACAACCAGCUUGUGGACCAGUCUAAGUCUAGUGCGUGUGACACAGAAGUAGCUUCGCUUGUAACUUUGCAUUCUCACUCCUAUAGAAAGGAUCACAGACCACGAGGUGUACCAAGGACUUCUAGCUCUGCUGUUGCUUUUCCAGAUGCUUCGCUAAAUGACUUCCCUCUGUAUCAACAAAGACGAGGGCUGGAUCCUGUCAGUGAGUUAGAAGCUUCCAAGCCCCCUGCUGGAUCCAAAGAGUCCUUGGCCGAGAACUCUUGCAUUUCAGGAGUUUCUCAACUAGAUGACAUUCUGAAAAGUAGCAGCCCCCAACCAUUGGCCAAGAGUGGGAAGAGCAAAUCCUUGAAAGCAGACAAAAGUGUGGACAGUCUGAGAAGCCUGAGUACUAGAAGUAGUGGAUCAACAGAAAGCUAUUGCAGUGGGACUGAUCGUGACACUAACAGUACCAUCAGUAGCUAUAAAAGUGAACAUACUAGCUCAACACAUAUAGAAAGUGUGUUGUCGGAGCAUGAGGAGGAGUCUCCUAGAGAAGAAAAGGACAGCAAGAAAAAGGACUGUGGUGUUGACUCAGAGGAUGACAAUAGCUCUACUACUGACAAAAGGACUAGUAGUGAAAGGACUGCUGUUGAAGUGAGCACUAACAGUGGUGUUCAAGAGGCAAAGGGUUCUAACACAUCUGAUGAGAUGCAGAGUGAGAAAGGUCUCAGUGCUUCUGCUUCUGAAGAGGCUAAUAAGAACCCCCAUGCCAAUGAAUUGACUACACAGACUGACAGGCCACCUGGGAAGGCUGCUGAACAACUGGAUGAGCAGAGUGAGAAACUAGCUGUGUUAGUAGAUUCAAGAACUUCUAAAGAAACAGGUGGAAAACAAAAAGAAGGAGAUGUUCGACCAAAAUCUUCUAGCUUAAUACAUCGAACAGCCUCUGCUCACAAAUCCAGCCGGAGACGGACAGGAAAAAAGCGGGCUAGUAGUUUUGAUUCAAGUCGGCACAGGGAAUAUGUUUCCUUCCGAGGCGUAUCUGGUACUAAACCCCACAGUGCUGUGUUUUGUCAUGAUGAGGACUCCAGUGAUCAAAGUGACUUGAGCAGGACAUCAAGUAUGCAGUCAGCUCAUCAGUUCAGCAGUGAUAGCUCUUCCAGCACCACCUCCCAUUCAUGCCAGUCACCUGAGGGGAAGUACAAUGCUCUAAAGACCAAAUACAUUACUAAAGAACGUGGGGGCACAGAUGCUGAAAAUACUCACAAAACUCACUUAAGCUCUGAAGGAAUUAGCAAAAAACGAUCUACACGUCGGACUUCUAGCACAAACAGUGCCAAGAAUCGUGCCAGAGUAUUAAGCCUGGACAGUGGUACUGUGGCUUGCUUAAAUGACCCAAAUAGCUUAAUGGCACCAGGUAACAUAAAACAAUUAACCACUUCAAAAUCUGAUUUGGAGGCCAAAGAGGGAGAGGUGCUAGAUGAGCUAUCUCUGUUGGGAAGGGCUUCACACUUAGAGUCAGUCACUCGUUCUAGGAAUAGCUUACCAAGCCAGGCUACAUUUCCUGAAGGAGAAGAACAAGAAUCAGCAAGUGGAGCAGCACAAGCCAGCGAGGAGACUGUCACAUUUCGCCGUGAACGCAGCACAUUUAGGCGUCAGGCAGUACGACGCCGGCACAAUGCAGGGAGUAACCCUACCCCUCCUACAUUGCUCAUCGGAUCACCCCUCAGCCUUCAAGAUGGUCAGCAAGGCCAGCAGCCCUCCUCCCAGGCCAAAGUGCAGUCCCGCCCCCCCUGCCAGGCCGCUGGGCUCAGCGCUAGCACCUCCUUGCUGGUGAGAAACGGGAGUGUCCACUUAGAAGCCUCACAUGCCACUGCAUCUGCUGUAGGCGGUAGCAGUUUGCACGAUGACCUUGGUAAGUUCAGUUCUACGCUCUACGAGACAGGGGGCUGCGACAUGUCACUUGUGAACUUUGAGCCAGCUGCAAGAAGAGCAUCCAACAUCUGUGACACGGACUCUCAUGUAUCGAGUUCUACCUCAGUUCGCUUUUACCCACAUGACCUACUUUCUCUUCCCCAGAUCAGAUUGAACAGGCUGCUAACCAUAGAUACAGAUCUGCUGGAGCAGCAAGACAUUGACCUGAGCCCUGACCUUCAGGACCACAUGCAACCUCAAGAGGAAGCAGCUCAAAAAGUCAAGCAGUACUAUCGCUUUUGGAUCCUGCCUAAGCUUUGGAUUAGCAUCAAUUUUGAUAGAUUAACUCUUCUGGCUUUAUUUGAUAGGAAUCGUGAGAUCCUUGAAAACGUGUUAGCUGUCAUCCUAGCUAUUCUAGUUGCAUUUCUGGGUUCUGUACUUCUUAUAGAGGGCUUUUUCAAGGAUAUUUGGGUCUUCCAGUUCUGCCUGGUAAUAGCCAGUUGUCAGUACUCACUGUUGAAGAGUGUUCAACCAGAUUCUUCUUCCCCUCGACAUGGUCAUAACCGUAUCAUAGCCUAUAGUAGGCCUGUAUAUUUCUGUUUAUGUUGUGGUCUUAUUUGGCUGUUGGAUUAUGGCAGCAGAAACAUAUCUACAACAAGAUUCAGGUUGUAUGGAAUGGCUUUCACCAACCCAUUGCUGCUGCUGUCAGCCAGGGACUUAGUUAUAGUGUUUACACUAUGUUUCCCCAUAGUAUUCUUUGUUGGUCUCCUGCCUCAGGUGAAUACGUUUGUGAUGUAUCUCUGUGAACAGUUGGAUAUUCAUGUCUUUGGUGGCAAUGCUACCACAAGCCUGCUUGCAGCACUUUACAGUUUUAUCUGUAGUAUUGUGGCAGUAGCAUUGUUGUAUGGACUGUGCUAUGGUGCCCUGAAGGAUUCUUGGGAUGGGCAGCAUAUUCCAGUUCUCUUCUCCAUAUUUUGUGGUUUGUUAGUGGCAAUAUCAUAUCAUCUCAGCAGACAAAGUAGUGACCCUUCUGUACUUUUCUCUUUAGUGCAAUCAAAAUUUUUUCCUAAUUCUGAAGACAAAAACCCCGAGGAUCCUCUGUCUGAAGUGAAAGAUCCUUUACCUGAAAAGCUUAGAAAUUCUGUGAGUGAACGGUUGCAAUCUGACCUGAUUGUGUGUAUUGUCAUUGGUGUACUCUAUUUCGCAAUUCAUGUCAGUACAGUAUUUACUGUUCUACAGCCUAUCUUAAGUUAUGUUCUCUAUGCAUUGGUGGGUACAGUAGGCUUUGUGACCCAUUAUGUUCUGCCUCAACUCCGAAAGCAACUUCCUUGGCAUUGUUUUUCUCAUCCAUUGCUGAAAACCAAGGAAUACUAUCAGUUUGAAGUCCGAAAUGCUGCACAUGUUAUGUGGUUUGAAAAACUUCAUAUUUGGCUCCUUUUUGUAGAGAAGAAUGUUAUCUACCCGCUAAUAGUCCUCAAUGAGCUUAGUAGCAGCGCUAAGAAUAUUGCUAGUCCAAAGAAACUGGAUACAGAGUUGGGUGCUUUAAUGAUCACAAUAGCUGGCUUGAAGUUGCUCCGUUCAUCAUUCAGUAGCCCAACAUGCCAGUAUGUCACUGUUAUUUUCACAGUGCUUUUCUUUACUUUUGAUUACAAAAGUUUUACUGAGACCAUGCUGCUAGAUCUCUUCUUCAUGUCCAUACUCUUCAGCAAGCUUUGGGAACUCUUUUAUAAAUUGAAAUUUGUGUAUACCUACAUUGCUCCCUGGCAGAUCACAUGGGGAUCUGCUUUCCAUGCUUUUGCCCAGCCCUUCGCUGUGCCACAUUCUGCGAUGUUGUUUGUCCAAGCAGCUGUGUCGGCUUUCUUCUCCACUCCACUGAAUCCUUUUCUGGGAAGUGCAAUAUUCAUCACUUCAUAUGCCAGACCUGUCAAAUUCUGGGAAAGGGACUACAACACAAAGCGUGUGGAUCAUUCAAAUACAAGACUGGCUUCCCAGCUUGAUAGAAAUCCAGGUUCGGAUGAUAACAACCUGAAUUCAAUUUUCUAUGAACAUUUAACCCGUUCCCUUCAGCACAGCUUAUGUGGAGACUUGUUGUUGGGUCGGUGGGGAAACUAUAGUACUGGGGACUGCUUCAUCCUAGCCUCUGACUACCUCAAUGCACUUGUACACCUUAUAGAGAUAGGAAAUGGCCUGAUCACCUUUCAGCUGAGGGGGCUUGAAUUCAGAGGAACUUAUUGCCAGCAACGAGAAGUAGAGGCCAUCACUGAAGGCGUAGAGGAAGAUGAAGGUUUUUGUUGCUGUGAACCAGGCCACCUUCCUCAUAUGCUUUCCUUUAAUGCUGCCUUUGGUCAGCGUUGGCUGGCUUGGGAAGUACUUGUGACAAAGUAUGUUCUGGAGGGUUAUAGUAUCACUGACAACAGUGCAGCUUCCAUGCUUCAAGUCUUUGAUCUGCGAAAAAUCCUCACCACUUACUAUGUGAAGGGAAUCAUCUAUUAUGUCACAACGUCCCCUAAGCUAGAGGAAUGGUUAGCUAAUGAGACAAUGCAGGAAGGACUGCGGUUGUGUAUGGACCGCAAUUAUGUUGAUGUAGACCCAACGUUUAAUCCCAAUAUUGAUGAGGAUUAUGACCACCGUCUGGCAGGGAUCUCAAGAGAGAGUUUCUGUGUGAUUUAUCUGAACUGGAUAGAGUAUUGUUGCUCUCGGAGAGAAAAGCCACUGGAUUCAAGUAAAGAUUCAUCCCUGGUGACGCUGUGUUACGGACUAUGUGUUCUGGGGCGGAGAGCCUUGGGGACAGCUUCCCAUCAUAUGUCUAGUAAUCUGGAAUCCUUCUUGUAUGGCUUGCAUGCCUUAUUUAAGGGUGACUUCCGUAUAUCUUCAAUUAGAGAUGAGUGGAUCUUUGCUGACAUGGAAUUGCUAAGGAAAGUGGUGGUUCCUGGAAUACGCAUGUCACUUAAACUACAUCAGGAUCACUUCACAUCUCCAGAUGAAUAUGAUGAUCCUUCUGUCCUCUAUGAAGCCAUAACAACCCAUGAAGAAAACCUGGUUAUAGCACAUGAAGGGGACCCUGCUUGGCGAAGUGCUGUUCUUUCCAAUUCUCCCUCUCUCCUUGCUCUGCGUCAUGUAAUGGAUGAUGGCACCAAUGAAUAUAAAAUCAUCAUGCUGAACAAACGCUAUCUCAGUUUCAGGGUCAUUAAGGUUAAUAAGGAGUGUGUGCGUGGCCUGUGGGCAGGACAACAGCAGGAGCUUGUCUUUCUGCGUAAUCGUAAUCCAGAGAGAGGAAGUAUCCAAAAUGCGAAACAAGCAUUGAGGAACAUGAUCAACUCCUCUUGUGACCAGCCAAUUGGAUACCCAAUCUAUGUCUCACCUUUGACUACUUCCUAUUCGGACAGUCAUGAACAGCUUAAGGAGAUUCUUGGUGGUGCUAUCAGUUUAGGAAAUAUCAGAAACUUCAUAGUGUCCACCUGGCACAGACUAAGGAAAGGUUGUGGAGCUGGCUGCAAUAGUGGUGGAAAUAUUGAAGAUUCAGAUGCUGGAGGUGGGGCUUCUUGCACAAGUAACAAUGCAACUAUCAAUGAGUCACAGAGCAGCAUGUCGCAAGGAGGAGGGAAUGCAACUACAGGGCAGGGACCUGGAGCAGUACAGCACCCUCCUGUCACAACUCAUCCCACAACUCAUUCUGCAACUCAUCCUCCAACUCACCCCUCAACUCUGGGCACCAGUCACAGCUCUCACUCUGUGCAGUCAAGCCUUGUCAGACAUUCCCCUGCCCGUGCCUCAGUAGCUAGCCAUUCAUCUUAUUGCUACGGCAGUCGUCAUUCAUCUCUUCGUACAUCCACAACAGGUUUUGUGCCUUGUCGGCGCUCUUCCACCAGUCAGAUCUCCCUCCGUAACCUCCCAUCAUCCAUCCAGUCCCGCCUCUCCAUGGUGAACCAAAUGGAAGCUACAGGCCAGACUGGGGGCAGCGUGCAGCAUGGCCUACCUUCUUCUAGCAGCUCCAGCCAAAGCAUCCCAGCCUGUAAACAGCAUGCCCUUGUGGGCUUUCUAGGGACAGAAGGAGGGAAUAAUGCAACUGAAGGUCAGUCAGGUGGUAAUGCAAGCCCUGCAAAUCAAACGCAAGCCAAAAAGGAUGAAGUUAUUUACAGAAUCCAGAUAAUGGAUCCUAGUCAAGUACUGGAAGGGAUCAACGUGUCAAAAAGGAAAGAGCUGCAGUGGCCAGAUGAGGUGAUACGGCUAAAAGCUGGAAGAAACAGCUGGAAAGACUGGAGUCCUCAGGAAGGCAUGGAAGGCCAUGUGAUUCACCGCUGGGUGCCUUGCAGCAGAGAUCCAAGUAGUCGGUCCCACAUAGAUAAAACCAUCUUGCUGGUUCAAAUUGAAGAUAAAUACGUUGCUGUUGUCGAAACUGGAGUCCUCGAACUUGGGGCUGAAGUGUGAAUCUCUCUGACAGUUAAACUUCCCCUUCUCCAAAGAUUUGGAAGAGAGGAGGGGCCAGAAGAAGCAGCUCCCAGGGCAUGAAACUUUGGUCUAGUUGUAGGAAAGGACUUGAAACACAGAUUUGUCUAAGCCCCUUGCCCCAAAUAAACACAUGUAAGAAAUUUUAAGUUGUUAGCUGCUGAAGAAACAUUUGCAUGAAGGAUAGAUUUGUUGAGACAUAUCUUCUUGUUUAUAAAUUUUGUUUAUGCAUUGCGUAAUGCUUUAAAUCAACAAACUUUUCAGUUCUAAGAUCAGAGCACCUCAUAUUUUUCUAAUUAUUUUGCCAAAAAUUGCCAUGUCUUGUCACAGAGUAUGUGAAAUUCAUUCAUCUUAUUUUAAAGAAAUUGACUAGCAUACAAACCUUCAGUUUGACGAAACACAAUAUAAACAUUUCAUGUGUGGCAAGAAGAGACUGAACAGAUGUAUAGAUUCUUAUUCCUUAUGAGCUAAAACAUUAAUGAGAACUGCACUAAUUUUUUUACAGCAAUGCACUAAAAACAACCCUGAGAUUGCCGAGAACAUUUAUUUAUAUAUAUAAAUAUAAAUAUAUAAAAUACCAUUAUUUAAAUUGCCUUUGGGAUUAAUCCCCUCCCUCUCAAUAUACCUGUUGAUGGUAAGGGCUGUGCCAUGGGUUUGGUUCAAUGUUCUGUAUUUCGUACAAGUGCAUUUGCUGCAUCGUCUUCACAAUAAAUGGUAAAAUAACAAAUGUCUAGAGAUGUACCUGAGUAUCCCUGUACUACAUCAGACUUUACUGUGGUGGCAGUGGUACAUCAAGUCUGUACAACACAUCUAGCUUUAAAAUGGACCCCCAGUAUACUCUUUCUUCUGUCCUGCACUAGCUAGCCAUGGCUACUUUGCUGCUUUACACAUGGAGCUGGCUAUGUUGUUUUGCUGGCUCUUCUCUGGCAGAGAUAGUUAUUUUUGUUGUUUUUUUUAAUGGGGAGGGGCAGGUCCAUUACUUCAUGGAUUCUUGAAGGUUUUUUUGAUUCCAUCCGAUUAAAAAAAAAAACUUGACUUUACCUUUUAAAAAGCUUUUAUAGAAGGCACAGCCCUAAACUUGUAUCACUUUUACCACCUUGCCUUUUCUUUCCCUUUAGUUGUCUUUCUUUUCUAUGACUUGAAUUUUAUUUUCAAUGAUUAUAUAUUCUAUGUAAGUGUAAUUUGAGUAUUUAUAACUGUGAAGUUGAAUUAUUCAUGUGUUACAUAUCCUAGGUUUUAUUGUAUUUUUUUUUAAAUGUGUGUAUUCAGGGAAACAAGUAACUCAGAACUAUCAUGGGAGUGUGAGAGGGAAACUGCGGUUUGUUUUUUGACUUGCAGCUCCUAUGACUCGCUUCUCUUAAUCCAUAAGAAAGAAAAUGUACCUGUUGUGAUUGUUUCCUGUUUCUGAUCUGUAAUAAUGUAGGACUUUGUGGGGAAACUGCACACAGUCCUAGCUUUUGGAAGCAGCCAUCUUCUUCCUGGUCAUUUCCACUUCUUCCUAAAUAACAUAACCAGACAGAGGUUAUUGUAAUUAUUUCUCUGACAUCAGAGAAACCUUGUUCAUUAUAUACCUAAUGUAAGAGUGAAAUUAUAUGGGAUGAGAAGAAAUGUAGGAAGAAACAGCCAGCUGAAAAAAUGAUAUUCUGACUCAAGUUGCUGUAUGCUUCCUAGCCAUGAGAAGGUAAUUCUGGAUGCCUGGUAGCUAGUCAGUUGUUAAUACUGGUCCCAGUGUAUUAUACUGGGGCCUUGCUUAUGUCACACACUAUGCAAAGCUUGUACUCCAUGUACUGUGCAUUUUACAGUUGCAUAUUACUCUUCUGUUUAUGUAUAUGCAGUUAUAGUUAAUCUUGGUAUAAAUGCACAGUUCUAGAUCUGCCACCUUUGAAGUAAUUUUGGUGUUCCAUGUAAUUUAUCAGAUGUGUUACAUUAUAGUGUAGUUGAAUUCAUCUCUUCCAUAUCUGAAAAUGUAGCACAGUAGAUGAACCUUUCUUCAGCAGUCUUGUAAUUUUGCUGUUGGGAGCAAAGAAAAGGUGUAUGUUUGAAUUGAAGCCAUUUUAAUUAAGGUUUUAUUCUAUGUCCUUCCCUUCAGAUAAUUGCAGCGUUUUAUGUGCCACCAGGGAUGUUGCUUCGUAAAGAUUCUUUAAAAAGAAGAAUUUCUUUGGAAAUAGGCCCCCAUUUGAUAUUAGUUGCAAAGUUGCUCUUCUGUAUUGAGGUCUGGAGAUAAACAAAUUACCAAGCAACAAAGUACACACAUAGGAGUUGUUUAAAACUGGAUUGAAGAAACACUUUCAAUAUGCUAAUGCUGACUUUGUCCAAACUUUUUUACUCUCUUUAAGGCAAGAUAGUGGCAAUGUCCAUUGCUGGUAAUGUACAUGUUAACAGGUUAUUGAUUCCUAUCAUAAAAAAAAAAAGAGAGAAAAAGUAAUUGCCUGGAAUUAGAUUAGGAGACGGUAGAUGGGAGAAAAAGAAAGACUUUUCCUAAAGGGUAAAGAGUUGAUGAAUCCUUUUUUUUUUGUUUUUAUCUUAAGGCUUCUAGUGUGCUGUCAUCAAGAGGUGGAUUAUAAUGUGGCCAGUUAAUGGGUUAAUAGCUUCUUUCAGAUACUCAGCAAACACCUGUUGUGAAGUCAUUCAAAUAGUGCUUGUGCCUAUUGCAGAUCUGCUCAACUGAAACAACAGAGUUGCAAUUUCACUCUUCCAUAAGGUUUUGUGAAAACUAAGUUUUUAAAGUUUUCUUAUAUUCUGAACUCUAAGAUUUGUGUAUGAUUAUAAUGUUGGUUUGUGUGAACUUGGUGUCUUGGUUCCACUGUAAAAGUGACAAAAUCCAUAAAAUAUUUUCCUCUAACUCCCAACAGGAUAGGUUUGUCCAUGGAAGACUAUUCCAGAUGGAUAUAACUUCAUUUUUGUUCUGUUCUUUGGCCUUAGUCUUGAUGUGUAGUAUUUUUCUUCUGUUGUGAGUAUAGAAGGGAUAACUGUUUUCAAAUUAGUGUCCUAUCAGUGUAGAUUGACCUCAGCACAGAGUAGAGCGUUUGGAUCUUUCUAAACUUUCAUGAAAACCCUUUACAGAAGAAGUCACACUGUGUGAUGAUGUUCUUUUGCUAUACGAACAUUCCAGUUAAGUCUUGUUGUUUUAGCCUCCAGGUAGAUCCACAUCUAUUUUGUUUCCCUCAGAUUUCUUUAAAGGUGGUAUCUGUGGAUACAUGCAUAAAUACUUACUGCUACACUAAAGCAAAUAGUUACAGAAGAGUGCUUAAUUAGCCCACUAAGCAGCUUACGUUCAUCAGUAAAAUGGUUGUUGCUUAAUUUUCUUUAAUUUUUCCCCACUUCACCUGCCUGUGAAAUCUUUUAGAAUGUUCUGAUUUUAAAAAAAACCCACCCCCACCUAACAUGCAUACGUGACGCUGCUGCUGAUGCCUGGAAUUCUGAGCCCCUUGUGCUACGUGGUAGUUGUGGAGUGAUGGAUUCUGGGGACCUCUGCUGUGGUUCAGCAUUUGUGAAGUGACUUCAGAGUGGGGAGGGUUUGUUGUGCGGGUGGGUGUUUUGUUUUGUUUUGGAUUUUUUGGUAAUUCCAUUCUAGGGUGAAGGGUCCUGUAGCCAGUUUGCUGAGACAUUUGCUGUGUUUCUAAGUGUUGACCUCAGUUUUCGUAUCAGCUGUGUAGUUCAUGGCCAGGCAUUCCUCACCCCCACAUUCACAACCCAUUUAGGAAGUGAAGAACUCCUAUGACAAGCCUCUAUGACUGAGAUGAAAGGCGAAAACAGUUGGGGCACAGGUCUGUGCCCUUGGCUUUCUGGCACAUGGCCAUAAAGCUUUAUCUCAUGCAGGCUGGCGGGGGGAGAAGAGAUGCCUUACAGUUGGAUCCAACUUCAGAUCACUUCACUGAUAAUACACACAACACCAUACAACCUGGGAGUGUAGACACAAAAUUCCUUUAAAGAUCUUUCUCAAUUACAGGACUCUCCAUUCACAAAAUGGAGCAGGAUAGAUUGCAUUUCUUACAAUUAAUAAUAUUAUUCAGAAUAUGUAACUUAUAUUGGAUUUGGGGUUAUACCACCACAGGUUUUAUGUACUUGAUUUUAUUAAGGAAUUUUAUACCUAUUAUAUAGGCAUCUACUUUUUUUUGUCUGGCUUAGUAUUUGAUAACUUAAUGCAGUACAUUCAGUGAAGCUGGACACUCAGAAAUUAUACUGGUAAUUACUGGUGCCUUAGUAAAAAAGUGGGUACAUAACACCUUGGUGGAAAGUAAAGCAUGUGGCUUGUUUCACCCCAGCAUGAUAUGCAUAAUUUCCAAAAAGGUGAUUUAAGAUGGCUGCUCCAAAAGAUUACAGGAGUAUACACGCACCACUCACAGUCACAAACAUCUGAAUCUGAGCAAUUUUUAUGACUUCUGGUAUGUACAGUUUGAAUAGAUAACCCCAGUACAUUUAGUCCACAACUUUGAAAGAUGGAGAUCAAAUAGCUGGAUAUGUUAACUUGUUAUAUAAAGACCCUAAGAAAGCCUGACAACAAGAUGUUGCUUAGGAAAUGGAGGAAGAGGGGAGUAGAGCCAUAAAUGAAAGAGGAUGGCUUUGCUUUUAAUGGACAAUGAAAAUAUAUAUUGCCUCUACCAGCAAAUGGAUACCUUGCCAGGGAUAGGGAUAUAUGUACCUGCGUGUCUGUGAGUGUGUAUGUGUCUGCGUGCGUUAUUGGAAACAGCCUGUAAAUAUUGUAGCUGUUUAAAAUGGAAAAGGCUGAGGGGUUUUUUGCAACAUGUUGCAGCAAAAGGACAGUAUUGACAGUGAAGAAACACUGAGAAAUAAAAUAAAAAAGAAACAAAGUUUUUUCA